UCCGUCGCCUGCCUUCGUUCUACGGCUCGUACAUUACCCAUCCCUUCCCUUCUCUCCAGAGUUGCGCUCCCCGAUGGCCUCCAAGGGCGAGAACAAGGGUGGUUCUUCCACGGCGGAGGAGGGGGAGGAGGUGGAGAGGUGCCCCGUGGAGGAGGUGGCGCUGGUGGUGCCGGAGACCGACGACCCAUCGCUCCCGGUGAUGACGUUCCGGGCCUGGUUCCUCGGCCUCACCUCCUGCUCCCUCCUCAUCUUCCUGAACACCUUCUUCACGUACCGCACGCAGCCGCUCACCAUCUCCGCCAUCCUCAUGCAGAUCGCGGUUCUGCCCGCCGGCCGUUUCAUGGCCUCCGUGUUGCCCGACAGGGAGGUCAAGGUGUUCCGGAACUGGGGGUUCCACCUCAACCCCGGGCCCUUCAACAUCAAAGAGCACGUCAUCAUCACCAUCUUCGCCAACUGCGGCGUGUCCAUCGGCGGAGGGGAUGCCUACUCCAUCGGCGCCAUCACGGUGAUGAAGGCCUACUACAAGCAGAGCUUGAGCUUCCUCUGUGCGCUCAUUAUUGUGCUCACCACGCAGAUACUGGGUUAUGGAUGGGCUGGGAUGAUGAGAAGGUAUUUGGUGGAUCCCGCUGAGAUGUGGUGGCCUUCCAAUCUUGCUCAGGUCUCCCUCUUCAGAGCUUUGCAUGAGAAGGACUCGAGAUCCAAAGGGCCAAGCAGGAUGCAGUUCUUCCUCGUGUUCUUCGUAGCAAGCUUUGCCUACUACACAUUGCCGGGCUAUCUCCUGCCCAUACUGACCUUCUUCUCAUGGGUGUGCUGGACAUGGCCUCGAAGUAUUACUGCGCAGCAGAUCGGAUCAGCUUAUCAUGGACUUGGAGUUGGUGCAUUCACGCUUGAUUGGGCGGGGAUCUCUGCGUACCAUGGGAGUCCUCUGGUGACGCCAUGGUUCUCCAUCCUCAAUGUGGCCGUCGGUUUCCUCAUGUUCAUCUACAUCAUCGUCCCAUUGUGUUACUGGAAGUUCAACACAUUUGACGCGCGCAAGUUCCCCAUCUUCUCCAAUCAGCUAUUCACUACGACAGGGCACAAGUACGACACCACCAAGAUACUGACGCCAGAGUUUGAGCUCAACGUCGCUGCAUACGAGAGUUAUGGGAAGCUCUAUCUCAGUCCUCUUUUUGCGUUGUCGAUAGGGUCAGGGUUCGCAAGGUUCACAGCGACCAUCAUCCAUGUUCUCCUCUUCCAUGGAAGUGACAUCUGGAGGCAAAGCAAGUCUGCCAUGAAGUCUGUGAAGUUGGACAUCCAUGCCAAACUGAUGAGGAGAUACAAUCAAGUUCCUCAGUGGUGGUUCCUUGUUCUACUGGUAGGAAGCAUUGCUUUGUCACUUAUGAUGUCGUUUAUAUGGAAAGAGGAGGUGCAGCUGCCUUGGUGGGGUAUGAUAUUUGCUUUUGGUUUGGCUUGGAUUGUCACACUUCCCAUUGGUGUCAUUCAAGCAACCACAAAUCAGCAACCUGGAUAUGAUAUCAUAGCGCAGUUCAUGAUUGGAUAUGUCCUUCCGGGCAAACCUAUCGCAAACCUGCUGUUCAAGAUAUAUGGUAGAAUCAGCACCAUCCAUGCCCUUUCCUUCCUUUCAGAUUUAAAGCUUGGCCAUUACAUGAAGAUUCCACCUAGGUGCAUGUACACAGCUCAGCUUGUUGGAACUGUUGUUGCUGGAGUCGUGAACCUUGGGGUGGCUUGGUGGAUGCUUGAAAGCAUUGAGAAUAUCUGUGAUGUUGAAUCACUGCACCCUGAUAGCCCCUGGACCUGCCCCAAGUAUAGAGUUACUUUUGAUGCUUCUGUCAUAUGGGGCCUUAUCGGCCCGGGACGCCUAUUUGGCCAUGGCGGGCUGUAUAGGAACCUGGUGUGGUUAUUCCUCGUUGGAGCUGUCUUACCUGUUCCGGUGUGGGUAUUGAGCAAAAUCUUUCCAGAGAAGAAGUGGAUCCCUCUCAUCAAUAUACCUGUCAUCUCUUAUGGCUUUGCUGGAAUGCCACCUGCAACCCCAACCAACAUAGCUAGCUGGCUCAUCACAGGGACCAUCUUCAAUUACUUUGUUUUCCGGUAUCGAAAGGGCUGGUGGCAAAAGUACAACUAUGUCUUAUCUGCAGCUUUGGAUGCAGGGACAGCGUUCAUGGGUGUGCUGCUGUUCUUUGCUCUUCAGAAUCAGGAUCACAAUCUGAAGUGGUGGGGCACAGAGCUCGAUCACUGCCCUUUGGCAUCAUGUCCAACCGCACCUGGGAUAUCGGUUGAAGGAUGUCCGGUCUUCUAACUACGAGCUCGAGUAUCGGUUCACUCCUGUGAGGGAGUUCACUGUUAGACAAACUCAAUCAAGGUCCUUGGAUGUGCAUUGUCCUUUUAGACUUCUAAAGAUGCUUCACAAAGUUUAGCAAUGUCAAAAACAAGCUCCAAGAAAUGUGAGUUUGAAAGGUAUUGAAUCAAGCCAUAUCAAGGUUGUCUUCUGACCUUUCAUCAGCUUGUGAGUGACUAUACCAGUGUUUGGCAUCGCAAAUGAAACCCAGAUCAGUACACCUUAUUCUAUACUGUAAUGCUUGGUUUGAUCCCUUGACUGCUGUUCUCUAUUUGGUACAGAUGUUUGGCUUUUGACA